CAACCCGUGGCCAUUUUUACAUUCAUUCUUCCCUUCCCUACCAUCCUCGAAAUAGUCACCUCUCAAUCACCAGACGAUGGAUCGAAUCAGUCGAGUACCAAUAAAAGUUGCGUCCAUGGAACUAAUCAAGCCAUCUUCCCCAACACCAGACCAUCUCCGCCACCACCAGCUCUCCUCCAUCGACCAACUCUCUUCGUCACUCUUCAUGCCUCUGGUCCUCUUCUUCACAUCAGAUCCGAAAACCACAAACACCCAAAGAUGCAACCUUCUCAAGCAAUCCCUGGCUCAAACUCUGGCCCAUUUCCACAUGUUGGCAGGCCGCGUCAGGGACAAUACGUUCAUCGACUGUAACGACGAGGGCGUCCAUUUCGUGGAAGCUCAUCAUAUCCACACCACGACGAUGGCAGAGUUCCUGCAGGAUCCGAGUCCAAGUGAUCUCAACCAGCUCCUCGCUUUCGAGCCUCAAGAUGCCAACGACUUGCUUGCAGCUUUCCAAUCCACGUAUUUCGAUUGCGGAGGAAUGGCCGUAUCAUUUCAGAUGUCGCACAAAGUUGCAGACGGACAAUCAAGUUUCAUAUUCCUGAAAACCUGGGCUUCAAUUGCUCGUGAUGGGGAUAUUAUUCAACAUGACAACAACAACGACAAGAACAAUUCCACUCUACUCAAUCUCGCCGCGAUUUUCCCGCCAGUGGAUAACAUCCCUCUUGGCCAUGGAUCCAUAGCUCGAUUCGCUCCUUCUGGUGCCGUCGUAUCCAAGAGAUUCGUGUUCGGUUCCUCCGACAUAGAAGAGCUCAAGACAAGGUAUACAGAGGAGUCGCUGAAGCCGACCAGAAUCGAGGCUUUGUCGGCUUUCAUAUGGACCAGGUACGUUGAGAGCACUGGACAAACCAUGAAACAGAAGAAGAAGAAGAAGAAGAAGAAGAAGAAGAAGAAGAGUUUCAAAUUGAUUCACCCAGUGAAUUUGAGGCCCAAGAUGAAUCCUCCCAUCCCCGAGGAUUGCUUUGGGAACCUGUUUACGGUGGCUACAACGACGCCGGAUGGGGAAAAUCGGGAUGGGUGUUAUGGGAUUUUGAGGAAGAUGAGGGAAAGUGUGAGGGCCGUGGAUGGCGACACAGUGAAGCUGCAGGGUCGUGGGUCGUUAGUGAGCUCGAUGAAGGAGAAGGAAAUGAAGGGAGAUGAGGUGGAAUGGGUGCCGUUUGUGUUCACCAGUUUGAGCAGAGUGCCUCUGUAUGAAGUGGAUUUCGGGUGGGGGAAGCCGGCGUGGGUCGGGUUGGCUGGGUCCAACUUUGGCAAUAUUGUGGUGUUUGUAGACACUAGGGAAGGUGGUGGGAUAGAGGCAUGGGUGCACUUGAAGGAGGAAGACAUGGCUAAGUUUCAGGUGGAUGAACAGAUUCUUGCCCAUGUGUCACCAACAGCUCUCAACCUGUAGGAUCGAUCUAAGAGAAGUGCCAUGGUGAUGUAGUUUUUGUUUUUUCUUGUUGCAAGGAAGAAUCACUUGUAUUUUGGUGAUGGUGGUCAAGGGGUGGGCACGUGGUUGGUUAAUCCGCGAAUUGAUAACGAUUCACCCGCAUAUUAUCCGAUCCGCAUGCAGAGGCUGAUUGAUGUGGGUGGAUUGCGAAUUGUUAAAUCUCCCACUCGUACUUAGGUGGGUGGAUUGUGGUUCACCUGUAUAACCCGCGCCCUAUUUUUACAUGGAUAAAUGUUGUUUAUUAUAGUAUCGAAUAUUCAUCAUAUUUUAGAAUUGUACUACAGUCUGACCAUUAGAAUAAUUAAGCUGUAAGUAACCCCAAAAAAAAUUAUUGUUCCUUACGAUAUUUCCGGGUUACUGUUCACGGAUUUGUUUUAAAUUAUUUAAAUAUUAGAAUAAUUAAGCCGUAAGUAAAUCAAAAAAAUUAAUAUUGCUUACGAUAUUUCCGGGUUAUUGUUCACGGAUUUGUUUUAAAUUAUUUAAAUAUAACUAAUGGAAUUUUCUGCUAUCGCAGCCCUUAGGGUGUACCUGUAUUUACCGCUAGCACGGUGCACCUCUGUCACCCCUGUUUUAGCAUUCGUUGAUUUUCUUGGUGGCUGGCCGAGUUUGGCACGGAGGCCGCCGUUGAUUCUUCUCUCCCUUCACGGGUUGAUUCUCAUAGCCUCCCUUGACGAUCCACUGUGUUUCCUUUUAGCCUUGGUCGAUUUACUUGGCAGUUUACCGAUUUAACCCUAGAGGCCGCCAUUGAUUCUUCUCUCCCUUGAGGUCGAUUGAUUCCGACAGCCUCCUUUGACGAUCCACUUUCUUUCCUUUUCUUCAACUCUGUUGAUUGGAUGGAGUCUGGAUGAGUUAAGAUCUUCCUUCUCUCUGAUCUCGCCGAGUUCUCUCUUCCACGAUGUAUUCCGUGUUGUUCUGUUGCGAUCCGAUCGGUGGCUAUGCGAGUUUGGUUCCCCAUCCCUUAAUAUUGGAAGCUAUCGGUGUUCAAGUGAAGCUGCUUAGCAACAUGCAAACUCUUCUUCUGGCACAUCAGACUCAAAGUAAGGGGACAGCUAGGAAUAAGAUUAAGAAGUUUUC